AUGUCAACUAUCACGAAGCAGGUUAGUGAACUCAAGAAUGCUAUCAAGAACGAGCUCCUUCAGUUUGAGAACAUUUCCCCUAAUAAAAUUAAGCUAUGGAUUGUCAACAUUUCCCUCGAAGAAGAAAACAAAAAGCUUGACCUCAUCAUCAACAAAAAAGCUGAUGUUAAUAUUAAGGGCAAG